AUGUUUCACAACGAAGUCGCUUUGGUCAUUCUCUCUCUAGCGGGCAGGAUGAGUCAAUCUUUGUCCUCAAUUUGGUUUGGCGGACUUUUUUUUCUGUAAAUUAUCGCAAACCCUAAUCGUGCUGUAGGGUCUAUUGUUGCGGGCGAUUCUUGGUGAGGUUGCGAACCAUCGAGUUUCGAUGGCUGGGUCAUCUGCCGGUGGUCCGAGUCAUUUGUCGGCGGCGUCGCCAACUCCUAAAAUUCUGCUCGCGAAGCCCUCAGUCGGUCCGAUCGCCGGAAAAUUUGGCCGCGGCAGCGCUGAAGAUGAAGCCCAACAUCAUCGCUCCCGCCUCCCUCCCGUCAGCUCCCUCAAUAUACUCUCCGAUUCUUGGGAUUUCCACAUCGAUCGCUUUCUUCCUUUCCUGACUGAGAAUACCGAUUUCACGGUGGUUGGUGUGAUUGGUCCUCCGGGUGUUGGCAAAUCGACAAUUCUGAAUGAAAUUUAUGGCUUUGAUGCGAGCUCCCCUGGAAUGCUACAACCAUUUGCAAUACAGUCUGAAGAGAUCAGAGCAAUGGCGAAACAUUGUACGAUUGGCAUUGAACCGAGGAUUUCUGCCGAGAGAUUCAUCCUUCUUGAUACCCAGCCUGUCUUCAGUCCAUCUAUUUUGGCUGAGAUGAUCAAACCUGAUAGCUCAUCCAGUAUUCCUGUCUUGGCUGGCGAAUCUUUGACUGCUGAGUUGGCUCAUGAAAUAAUGUGCAUCCAGCUGGGUAUCCUCUUAACAUCUAUAUGUCACAUCUUGUUGGUGGUGUCUGAGGGAGUUCAUGAAGAUAACAUGUGGCAUCUGAUGUCAACGGUGGACUUGUUGAAGCAUGGAAUACCUGACCCGUCUUCACCUGCUCUUUCACGUCUACAGAGCUCUGAGAUUGGGCCUGAAAAGGAAUUUAGGGAUAAACUAUCUGAGGGCAGUGAGUAUAUGGCUACUCCUGUAUUUGUUCACACAAAGCUUCAGGAUCAAGAUCUUAGUCCAAAGAACAUCUUGCAGCUAAGAAAGUCACUGUCUCAGUACUUUCAAUCUCAUUCGUUUACGCAAGGAAGCAGGGGAACCGAGCCGACUUCUUUCGUGAUUCCGUCUAAAACCUCGAGAAACCAGCACGAGAGUUACAUGUCAGCGAUGUGGAGGUUGCGGGAUCAGGUGUUGUCAGAGAAGGGUGCUUCGUUUGGAAGGGCUGUGUCAGAAAGGGAGUGGCUGAAGAACUCAGUGAAGAUAUGGGAGAUGGUGAAGAGUUCUCCUGCCAUUGCAGAUUACAGUAGGAUGCUUCAAAGCUCCGGCCUGUUCAGGAGGUAGCCUCCUACUUUCCAAAUAUCUGACAUCAGAGAGAAUCAUCCUUUUUUUUUAUUUAACUCACUCACCCAUUUUGACCAUAUUUCCCUCUCUUGUAUUGGCCAUCUUGUCUAUGCAGUUUUCUUUCUUUUUCUUUUUUGUUGGCAAAUUGGGUUUUUUUUUGCAUUGGUUUGCUUUAUUUUCGCUUUUUGUUAUCUUGGAUUUCUUUCUUGUAUGUUGGAUCCAGCGUGUACUUCCAUUAGCAACGGCUCUUUUUAGAUAUACAAUAUUUGAAAA